CUGAGAGGCAAAGAAUCCCCGUGUAUGUGUUGUAUUUGUUUAAGAGUCAGUGUAGUUUAAAUCAAACCUGUUAUUAAAUUUACUCUUUCGUAUUGAUUGUGUAGUGUGUCGGUCAGAGCUUGGAAAAAAACUCAUUUUUGUCUCUACUCUGGGCGUUUAAGUUCACUAGAAUGAAAAUGAAAGCAGUGAUUGUUUUAAUGGCUCUAGUCAGUCCUCACUGUUUAGUUGCCAAAGUAUUGCAUGAACCAGUUACAUCUUGUGUACACAAAGGCGUGACUUAUGCCAGUGGUGAAAGUGUCCCCUAUGACAGUUGUAACACUUGUUCUUGUGGUCAGUAUGGUAUAAUGUGUACACUGCGUGCUUGUCCAGAACACUUGGGCGGAUGUUUGGUUCAUGGAAAGUGGUAUUACAGUGGGACCUACAUACCAGCUCCAGAUGGCUGCAACACUUGCUUGUGUGAAAAUGGAGAAAAGGUUUCUUGUACAAAGAUGGCAUGCAUUUGAGUUUCGAAUUUUGUUUCAUAAAAAAACACAUUGGAACAAAUUAAACGAAACGAAAAUUAAUCUGCUAUUUUGUGUUUUGUUGACAAUCCUAUUUACUGUAAUCUACACAACCUUUUCAUUUUUCGCAAAAUGUCUUGUCAGAGUGAUAUCUCUGUAU